AUCCCUUGGAAAAGUUUAGUUUAAUGCUAGUCCUUCGACACGAUGCAAGUCUUGCAAUCUAUACGAAAGUCAAAUAUUUAUUUAUUUGUUAUAAUUUAUUUAUCGUUUUUCUUAGACAAUGUGCUUCUUACUGUAGUUGUUCCAAUUAUUCCCGAUUAUUUAUUUUCAAAUCAACUAAAAACUGAUAACUCAAGACUAGGCCUUAAAUCGUUAAGCCCUUUACAGGAAAAAUAUGAAGUUUUGGAAAACGACAAUGGGCCUUUAGGUACUCUUUUAGCAUCGAAGGCAUUUGUUCAAUUGGCUUUUACUCCUUUCAUUGGUUAUCUAACUGAAACUGUGGGCUGUUGUAUACCUCUGUUACUUGGAUCGUGUAACAUGCUUGUAGCUGCAAUCUUGUUUGCUUAUGGAAAUUCAUAUGGUGUCUUGGUACUAGCAAGAGCUCUCCAUGGCAGUUCCUCUGCUGCAAUAGCAGUGAGUGGAAUGUCAAUUUUAGCAAAAAACGUCUCUCAAGAAUUUAGAGCAAAACUGAUGCCUCUUGCUUUUGGAGGAAUAGCUUUAGGAGUUUUGAUUGGGUAUCCACUUGGAGGUGCUGCCUAUCAAUUUCUUGGAAAGUCUGCCCCUUUUUUGUUGAUUGCAUUUUUAAUAUCAAUCAGCAUUGUUCUCCAGAUUUUGUAUAUUGAGGAUGUUACGAACGAUGUUAUUAUUGAUGAAGUUAAUUGCAGUCAAUUUCUGAAUUUUUUACAAGAUAAGCAAAUAAUUAUUACAACUUUUACGAUUUGCAUUUGUACUUCCACUAUGGCAAUUUUAGAACCUUGUGUACCAAUGUGGUUAUUGGCCUAUCUGAAUCCUCCACCGUCACGAUGGCAGUUAGGUGCUGUUUUCAUACCGGACAGUAUUGGCUAUUUUAUCGGUUCACAUUUUGCUGGCCUGCUUCCAAUCGCGCCUUGGAGAAUAGCUUUCAGUGCAUUAGUUCUAGCUGGUUUAAGCUGUUGCGCUUUGCCAUUGGCUGUCUCUAUUUAUCAAUUAUCGAUUCCUCAUUUCGGACUUGGAUUAAGUGUGGGAGCCGUAGACGCCGCUUUAGUUCCAUAUUUAGCCACUUUGGUUGAUAGUAAGGGAAGCAAUCAGUACGGAACCGUUUACGCCCUUCAGCAAGUUUUUGUCAGCUUGGCCUACGCUUUUGGCCCCUUAUUAGGUGGACAUGCUGUCCGUAUUUUAGGCUUUCCAUGGUUGAUGAGAUUGAUUGGAUUUUUAAAUUUGAUGUUCUGUCCCUUACUAUUAGAAUUAGAAAAAGAUCCAAAAGUUGGUUUACUUGAUGAUGACUAUAAUACUCCUAGAUCCUACUCUACUCUUGAUAAUACUUACACAUCUUUAGACGAAGAAACUUACUAAUUUAAUUCAUAUCAAAAUGUGUGAUGUAACGCGUAUGCUUCUUGGUUGUUAUUCCUCUUGAAAUUUAU